AUGACCACGACCCUCGCCUACAGCAACGGCGCACGGCUCCUCGCCGUGUCGUCAGCGGGCGGCGCAGCGCUCCGCUCGCUUCGCUUCGCUCUCUCGGGCGGGCCGAGCUCCGUUCAGGCCGCGCCUGACGGAACGGCGGGCCCGUGCUCCUGGUUCGAUCCAGACUCCGAGUACGCGUGGCUCGCUGAUGCCGCCGAGGCCGGCGUGACGGCUUGGGCUGAGGACCUUGUCCUAGCCGGGCUCGUCGUCGCGGUGGCGGCCAGUGCACUCGGCCGCGCGCUGUGGAGGGCCAAGCUUGCGCCAAGUGCCUACCGGCUGGUCCAGCACGACGCAACCGAUAGCUCGCCGUGUCGCAUCGAGCUCCGCCAAGAUGGGGCAGAUCCGAUGGUUGCACCGGGCGAGCUGCAAUGGCCUGACGUGCUUGGCAGCCGAGAGGCGGCGGUCGAGAGCUCCAAGCUGCAUGUCGCCUCGCUGAUGAGCAUCCCGUCGUGGACGUCGACGCUGCUCAUUGUCAACGUCUGA